UAACAAGCAAGUGCAGUUCGAUCCGCCAUGAAUUUACUUCGUACGUGAAUUCAGGAGGAGAUCCCUGUUAUUUCCGUUUGUUUUGGGUGUGUUGCCCAGGAGAAUACAGGAGUUUAGCAUUUCUUUUAAAUUUUGGAGACUUGCAGACAGUCUAUAAGAGAAGAAUAUCACUUUAUGGUUAGCAGUGAGAUGACCGAUCCGCGAUGCCAUUGAUCAAGCGAGAGGUCGAGCCUGUCCUGGUCAGUCGUGUGGACAUUGGCCAGGGCAUCCAGAACGAGUUGGAAUGUGUCACCAACUACACUCUAUCAAGUAUCAUCCGUCAGCUCAGCAACCUUGGCAAGCAUGCUGAGGACAUCUUCGGGGAGCUGUACAGGGAGGCCAUGGGACUGUCUGGGAGGGCGAACAUCCUCCAGGACCGCAUUGACAAGCUGUCAGAUAAGGUCACCAAGUUGGACGCUACAAGGGACCAAGUAUCCCUCCAAGACAUUCAUAUGCGCAAAGCCUUCAAAAGUUCGCUGGCCCUGGAGACAGAGGUGGUCUCCUCCCCCACCAUGCCGUCGGCGAUGAGGGAGACGUACAUGAGAUGCGAGAAGCCGCCAAAGUUAUCACUGCUCAACCAGUUCAGGGAGGAUGGAAAAGACGGUCUAAAAUUCUACACAGAUCCCAAGUUCUUCUUCGAGAGAUGGUGCAACGAACAACGGAAAGACAUCGAGAAUAACAUUAGGAAAAAGAGGAGGAGAAGACAAAAGAAGCCAGCAACAGACAAGGGUUCAGUGCCAAAGGUCCCUGUCAAUACGAGGAAGAAUCGUUAUCAGAUGUACGCAGACGGGGCAGAGUUUGCUAAGCAACAGAGACCGCAGCAGAGUAUAACAAACACCCAUAUAUCAUCGAACCAGGUCAACCAAGAUCCAGCCAAACACAGGAUAUCGCACUCCGACUCCAUUAUCUCCAGUACGCCAUCCGAUGACUCGGGCAUCAACGGUCAGUCGAUGCGAAGGAAACCGACACAGGGUCCACCGCCUCCUCCGGUAUCGCAGGGUGGGGAGCCUCCCAUGAAUGGGGAUGUGGUGUUGAGGCCGGUUAGACCGGCGCCAGCGCGCCCGCCCAGCCAGCAACAGCAACCGCAACCACCACCCAUGAACAACCACGCCCCGAUGAUGCCACCACCCCCGCCACCCGAUGUGCCUCAACAGCAGAGCUACCUCAGCUCUGGGACGUCCGGUUACUCGAGCGCGAGCGACCUCCCACCUCCGCCACCGCCGCCGCAGCAACCCGUCAUGAUGAAUAACCACGCCCCGGCCCAGGCGCCGCAGCCAGUAUUGUCGCAGCCACUUCCAAACAACAUUCCCCCGCCACCUCCCCCUCCCCCCGUGGGCGGCCCUGCCCCGCCUCCUCCACCGCCCAUUGGUGGGAUCCAGGUUCAGAAGCCACCUGCCACCAACAACAAUGUCCCUGCCGCACCCCCACCACCCCCUGAUCAGUUCAGGCUACCAUCCACUCAACCAGAUCCGGCUGCUAAUCCCAACAAUACUAGUCCUGUUGUCAACUCGCCCAACAAGCCGCCACCAGUACAAGCCAGUGAUCCAAGAAGUGAUCUAUUAGCAGCAAUCAAAGAAGGAAUGAAACUUAGGAAAGUAGAGGUACAAGAAGAGAAGCAGAGACACAGCGAACCCGCACCAAACAGCGUAGAAGCCAUCCUACGACGUCGUAUAGCAGUCGAACUCAGCUCCGACGAGGACAGUCAAGUAUCUAGCGAUUAUGAGGCAGAGUGGUCAGACGACGAUUGAGCUAGCAUUUUUUGUAAAGCCAGAGACGUAUCUUUUCUAGGGCAUUCGCAAUCGUAGGGUUUUGAUGAUCAAUAUUGCUGUUUAGCCUGAAACAUCACCAGGGCCGGUUACGUGAAGCUUAUCAAUUGAUCGUUGGGCUGAUCUCUACGAUUAAUUGCAUUGAUUAUUGUGUAUGAAUCAGUCAUAGAUAUCAGCCCUGUCAUCUAUCGCUAUGCUUUGUGUUACGGGGCUCAGGGCUCUCUAACACAAAACUUUGCAAUUGAUCAUCAAAAUAUAUUUGUAUGAUUGAUUGCAUUAAAUACAGUUUACAAUCAAUAAGAUAAAAAAAACAAUUGCAAGAUCAGUCACUGAACAUUUUGAUUUAGCACCCAGGUGUUGUUUCACAAAGAUUUAAGUACGACUUACAUGUACGUCGCACUUGUAUGCUGACUUGUACAUGAUAUUCAACACGCAGUCUUAUUGAUCGAUACACAGUAGUGCGCAUCCUCUUGGCAUGAUCUGACCAAUGCUGUCUUGCCUUUUAUACCGCUCACAACUACACAUUUAAGUGUGGCUCUAAGUCAUAUUUAAAUCUUUGUGAACACCCCCCAGGUAUAUAUAUAUAGAUGUGAGGAAACAUUCUUUUUAUCACAGUCCAAGAAGGUAUCCUCUAUCCUUGAAAGCUUUCGCCUGCAGUGCUGUGAUCUUCAUCACACUUUCGUUGUAGCUUAGGAGUAGGUCUGAUGGAGCUUGCAGCGUCGCAGGAAAAAUCUUGCCAAAACUGGUGAAUUUUUCCUGCUUUGCAUUGAAAAGACAUUUUCAUGUCUUAUCACACCAACUGGAUGAACCUCCUCGGUGAUCAAUAGGUUCAGACUAAACAGCUUAUUGUGACUGGGUGUGGAGCUAAGAAAACUUGCUCUUGAUACAUGUAAACAAAAUGUGAUUUUCUUUGAGAAACACUUUAGAUUACAUAUCGUACAAGAAGAUGUUUCGUCAACGAAACGAUCGUAGAACUGAUUGUGAGAGAUUGAUGAAAGCUCCCAUUAUUAAACCGUGUUUAGGAAAUCAUUUGAGACAGCUUGGAAUAUAAUUCCUAGACUUGGCAAUGUUGAUGGUCGAUAUUGCAUGAUCUAAAAAUUGAUUUGUUGAUUAAUUUUAAGACCGAUGAAACAUUCAACGAGCAUGCCUAGCACUGUUGGAGGUUUGACAAGUACAUUAUUUAAGCAUGUAUCUUGCUGCUGAUGAUAAUUUUUGUUGUUGAGUUUGUGUUAGCUCCUGGAAAAGCCAAGCUGCUAGUAUUGCGAAGCUUCCGUAAUCUUGCAUCAUCGCAGUUUCAUGGCUAUGAUGGAAAGCGGUGAAGUCUCUGGUUUUACAAAUCGCUUAAGUUUUUCUAUUUGAUAUAACUGCAUUAUCAAGUUAGUAGUAUGAUGUUGUUAUAAAGUUACAGUAUCAUAUUGCAACCAGUUUAUUAUAUUGCAUUUAGAUUGAAAUCUAUUGCAAACAAUGCUCAAAUUUGCCCUCAUGGCGUAAUAAUUUCCUCCAUUGUUUUGGGGGCUUUUUUUCAAGGGGGGUAGGAAGCUUUAUAACAGAUUAUUCAAAUCAAAGUCAGAAAGUGUAUGAUUUCUAUUUUUAUUAUAUUGUAAGCCACUUUUUUUACAAAAUGCAUGAAACUUGAUUUUUCAUUACUGUAGAUUUGAACCUUCGCCUCUUCAAAAACCCAUCUUCUAUUCUUGAUAUCACUUCAUUUGGCCAAACACAAAUGAUUUUCAAUAAAAGAUGCAUACAUCCUUGUUUGUCGAUUUCAAGGCAAUGCGAAAAUAGAAGUAACUGCAAUAACUUAUUUCACCACUAUAGAUAGUAAUCAACACAUUCAUAUAAUCAAAUACUCUAUUAAAGCAUCUUCACUUUCAUAAUAGGUAUUCCUUUCAAUCAUACAUACAAAAAAGAUCAUUAGAAUCACUUCCUUUUUUUGUGUGUGUAUAGUAAUCUUAUAUAGUAUUUUGAAAAUGAAAAAGAUUGUGGCCAUACAAGAGUCAGGAUCCUUCUGAUUAUAUUACAGCUUUAUAUUCUUUCAACACUUUAGGCGAAAGUGUUGUUCUUAGCAGAUGACUUUUUUUUUGCUGGCUUUAAAUUACUGAUCGAUAUAUAUAUAUUUCUAUUUAAUGAUAGUCCUGCAAGGCAUUUUACAUUUGGCUCGGCCAAAUGUAAUGAUUUAUGACGUGUAAUUAUGCUAUGUAAAUUAUGUGAGAUAGCAGAUGUGUAAUUUUGAGUAUGAACUGUAUUGUACAUAGGAACAUAUAUUUACAUUUUU